AUGGAGCCAGAGUCACGCGGUAAACGACUUAUACUUAUAGGUGCGGUACGGCCUUAUCUCGUUUAUACGCUCGGCGACAGAAAGAGAAAGAGAAACUCUUGGCGCGCUCAGCGGAACCCUAGAAUAUCAGGCGACCCCUUAUUGGGGCGGCGUUCCUUCAAAGCCACCUUCCCCGACCACGAGAUCUACGCCACCCUCCGCGACUGCAACAUGGACCCUGACGAAGCUGUUACUCGCCUCCUCUCACAAGAUACUUUUCAUGAGGUGAAGAGCAAACGAGAGAAGAAAAAAGAGAGUAAGGACCCAGCUGAUUACAGGCCUAGUGGGACAAAUAACACAUCAAAUCGUGGCGGUGCUAGGACUGGCACAGAUCGCCAUGGUGGACGUAGUGGCACAAACCAGUUCAGCAGUAGUGAUGCUGGUCUGCUGGGAAAACCUGUAUACAAGAAGGGAAAUGGAACUCCUGCUUAUGGAAGCUCUGCACCCGGUUUGUUGGGGAAUAAUGGGAACAGGCAACUACCAUCCUACAGUGAUUCUGUGACUACUGAAAAUAAAGCAUCUGCAUUAGGAAUGGGUGAUGCAGUAUCAUCGUCAUCACAACAGGGUGGAUUGCAAUCUCCAUGGGUGCGGAAUGCUGGUCAACUUUCAAUGGCUGACAUUGUUAAGAUGGGUAGACCACAGACCAAGGUGCCUAUGCAUAACUCUUCUCUCCAUAGUGGUCAUCAUCAAAAUGCUGUGGCCCCUCCAGCACCAUUGGAUUAUAAUUCCCAAUCAUUUCAAGGCCAUGCUUCCAAGAUUUCAGAGACAAAUACUGAUCAAGGCUAUGCUACCGUACCACAGGAUGAUGAAUGGCCUCGUAUGGAGAACCAACAAGAUAUUAGUGUAUCUACUGCGGUUGAUCCACAAGUGAAUUCAGAAUAUGAUGGUGAAGCUAAUUGGCACCAGAGGACUCACCUAGAAGAACAUGUAGCUGAUGAUGGUUCUGUUGAGAAUGCAGACAAUACUGAAUCUGCUUCUAUUUCUGCUAAAAGUACGUCAGAAGAUAACACAGGAGCCGAAGAUGGUAUUUCAUCUGUAACUGCAAACAUGGGGCAGCUAAAUUUACAGAGAGACAACAGUGCAACGGAACCAGAUGAGGACAAUCCUUCUUUAGUAAUUCCAGAUCACCUGCAGCUCCAUACUCCAGAAUGCUUGAAUCUGAGCUUAGGAAGUUUUGGGCCUGCGAACAAUGCUUCGCUUUCGGGACCUGCCUCAUAUGCAUCUGGGCCCUUCAAAAGUAACUUGGACGAUGCAUCUGCACCGGCAGAUGUUUCAGCCAUUGGAUCCUUAGAAACUAGAAAUCCAGAGUAUUACAGGGAUGAGCAUCUUGCUACUACCUCAGGUGAAAAUUUAGUUCAUGGAAAUGGUGUGAAUGUUGAAACAUACGAACAAGCAUCUGUUCCCCAAGAGGCUUUAAAACCUCAACCCCCUGAAGCUGCUCAGGAGAAUCAAUAUUCAUUUCCUUCAUCCUCGCAUGGAUUUAAUUAUGAAACCGCACAACAACCAGAGGUCCCAUUCCCUCAACCACAGACAAGCUUGCCGAUGCAAAACCUAGGUCCCUUCUCUAAUGUAAUGGCGUAUACAAAUUCUUUGCCCAGUUCUCUGUUGGCUUCAACAGUUCAAACUGCAAGGGAGGAUAGUCCAUACUCUCCUUUCCCUUCAGCAACACAAUCAAUGCAUGCAAAAUAUGGCAACAUCACUUCUUCAAUUGGCGGUCCUUCCUUAUCAAUGUCAGAGGCUCUAAGAUCAGGUGGCAUUUCUGCACCUCAACCUAGCUAUCCUAUCUUGCCUCAGAGCUAUACCUAUAUGCCAUCGGCUUUUCAGCAGGGCUUUGCUGGAAAUAGCACAUACCCCCAGUCUCUGGCAGCAUUGCUUCCUCAAUAUAAAAAUGGUGUUUCUGUCAGCAGUAUGACUCAGUCUACUGCUAUUCCACCUGGAUAUGGGUUUGGAAGUUCAACAAACAUUCCUGGAGGAAAUUUUCCUUUGAACCCCCCUACUGCUCCUACUGGAACAACCAUUGGAUAUGAUGAUGUUAUAAGUUCCCAGUUUAAGGACAACAGUCAUCUGAUGUCACUACAACAGAAUGAGAACUCUGUAAUGUGGCCUCAUGGACCUGGAUCACGAUCAGUGUCUGCACUUCCUCCCAGCAUGUAUUUCAACUUGCCGGAACAGAAUCAACAAGGUGGAUUUCGGCAAAGACAGCAGCAGCCUUCACAGAAUUUCGGAUCCCUUGGAUACCCUAAUUUCUACCAGUCUCAGGCUGGCGUUUCUUUGGAACCUCAGCAGCAGCAGCAUCCUAGGGAAGCAAACUUGGGUGGUUCACAAAACCAACCAGCUAAGCAGUCCCAACAAUUAUGGCAAAACAGCUACUAAUCCUAAUCACUACCCAGUUUUUCAGGGUUCUGAUGUGAGUUUGUAAGUGACGAAUUAGAGGCAUUUCCACGGUCUAUGCGGCCAAAUGUGUUACUGUUUGGUCUGAUGGGACCAUGAUUGGCUGCUGCCCGCUGCCACGAGGGUGUAUUUUACAUAAAUUAUGUUUGUCAUGUUUAACGUAGGUACUAAGUGUGCUAAUUUGGUUUAUUUGGUACAUCUUUUCUAUUUAGUAUCAUGGUUAUAGUUAAAAAAAAUCUUUUGUUCCUAUCUA